AUGUCAGAUGAGCUGAAAGCCUCGGUAGCUACCCCAGCACCCUACUACGUUGCCAAGUCGAAUGUCUGUGUGAACAGCAAAGGAGAAAGUAUCGGAAAUGGAUUGUUCGCGAAUCAGAGGUUUGGUGCAGGCGAAGAGAUUGCGAGGUUCAAACGUCCUCUUGUGGGCUCUUUAGAGACGGAACGUCUACUCGAUACCUGCGCAAAUUGCUAUCUUUGGACCGAAGGUGCGUCAGCAGGAACAAGAUUAUAUGUGCCAGAAGGUGCAGAAGUCAGCAAAUGUGCUGCAUGCCAGAGAUUUAGGUAUUGUAGCAAGGCUUGCCAAAAGGAAGCGUGGAACCGCGGACAUAAACAUGAGUGCAAGAUCCUCAAGCCUAUGGCUGGCAGGGGCCUCCCAAAAGCAUUCCUAGCAUCUAUGGAAAUACUUACCCGGAGGAAGCAUGGCCUGAUACCUGAUAAGGAUUGGGAACUGCUUUGCCAGUUACCAUCUCACAUUGACGACUUCAAACGGAAUGGGACAUAUCAAAAUAUUGAAAUGAUGGCCAUGGGGGCCGCUCAAUUUUCACUCCCACAGAAUGUCUUUGACAAGGAUUUUGUUGCUGCAAUGUAUGGACGGGUAAUGUCAAACGCCUUGACGCUCAUCACACCAACAUUGGAUCCACUGGGCAUCAUCGUGGACCCCACACUCUGCCAGAUGAACCAUUCCUGCGACCCGAAUGCUUACAUCAUGAUGGAUGGACCCUUGGUCAGUAUUCGGACUCUGCGGCCAAUCAGAAAGGAUAAGGAGAUUUUCAUAUCCUACAUUGACACGACGCAUCCGUACCAGAAACGACAGGACGAGCUUCAGGCACGUUGGUUCUUCACAUGCCGAUGUGCGAAAUGUCAGGACAAAGCCACGCACCAGGAAGACAAUUGGCUCGUUCCAGCAAACUCUGACUUUGUCCCCAGCAAAGAAGAAACUCAGGCACUGGCCAGCAAUCAAGAGCAAAUGUUCACCUUGUAUGAGCAAAUACAGGGCAUGCCAAAUGCAGAGGCUGUGAUUCCGGUUCUCAAAGAAGCCCUCAAGGCAUGCCAUGAGUCUGGUAACUGGCCUCUGUACCGCCAGCCGUACGCCUCGCUCCGCGAUGAGCUCAUUGUAAAUCUCCUUUCGGUGGGCAAGUAUCAAGAAGCAUGGGCACACAGCGCAAAACGCUACAAGUAUAUCUUGCCCAAGCUCUACCCGGUGCCAUUUCAUCCCGUUCGCGUUGUUCAGACAUGGCAGAUGGCGAUGCUUGCAGCAUACCUUGCAAGCACAGAAGAGGGCGUGGGCGCGCCCGGCGUCAACAUGGGUCUUAUUGCAAUGAUGCUGGUAAAGCAAGUCCUGGAUGUUGCGCCUAUGAGUCACGGUCAGGACAAUGCAUUUACCAAGAGCGUGAUGGAGAAGACGAGGGAGAUGGUUGAGGAGCUGAAGCGAAGCGUGGGGAAUCCAGACAAGGAUGUUAUGAAUAGGGAGUUAGAGGCUCAGAGAGAUCGCCUUAUGGAGAUGGGUGACUGGGCUCAGGAUGGAAAGGCGCCUGAGGUGAAAGUGGUGGAAAAGGCAUUUGGUGUGUGA